CCCCCCUUGAUAUGAUGAUUCAUUAGACCGUUGCAAAAUCAUAAUAUCUUCUUAGUUCUUCUGACCAUCUCGCAGAAACAACCAAACCUGAAAAAGCUGCAAUGGCAGAGAUCAACGUCUCUCUGCAACAACAUCGACAGCAUUCCCACGAAUCAAACCCCUCUCUUCGAGCUCUCUUCCACGCCCUCGACCCCAUUUCUCUUAUCCUCAAUCAGAAUUCAACCUCAGAUCACCCUGUUCCUCUCAAACUUACCACCACUGAUAGCUUCAUCAUGGAGCGAGGUCCCAGAUACGAAGCCUACGCCGAACUGAGAGAAGCUAAACUGCGAAGGAAACACGCAAGAGACUUCCAAGAAGAUGAAGAACCGAAACGAGCAACCCCACCGAGAAAACAGGUCAAAUUUCAGACUAACUUGACCUCCGCACGAAAAGGACCCUCUGUUCUUGCUCAAUCGGUGCCGGAUUUCUCUGCGGCGUUGCGGAAAGAGAACCGGAAGCCGACGAACACGCUGCCAUCGUUGCCGGAGAUGACGCCACCGGCAAAGAGCUUCUCGAAGGCGAAUUAUGGGGUUUUGUCAAAUUCCAGGGGGAGCAAGUCGGCGAGCGCGGGGGAGAAAAAGGGUGGUAAUGGUGGGAUUCUGAUGGCGAGAAAGAGCUAUGCGAACAUCGAUGAACUGAAGAGUCUGUCUUCAUACGCUGCGAGCGCCAUUAACGGCGAAGCUAGAGGAGGAAGAAGCAAUGGUUGUGGUGGUGGCAGAGUGAUCGGAAACGGAAAGACUGUCUUGGGGUACAGACAGUAUUGAUUAUUAUGGUUUUCUUCAAUUUGGAUUUGGUCAUUGUUUGGAUGAUGGUGUUACUGAAGAAUGGUGAUAGUUAUUUGGUCUGCUUUUAUUGUGUUUUUUUAUUCUUUCAAUCUGCAAAUUUUUGUUUGGGGAAUUUACAGUUACAGUAGCCUGUAUCUGUGUACAGCUAUAAUUUGUAAACCUAUGGAUUGAGCAUUUGUAUUCAUGACACUAUCAUUAUAUAUGAGAUAUUCUGUUUUGAACGCGCCAA